CUGGAGCUUAGUGAUCGCAAAGAGAAUGAAUCGUUUGCUUUUGAGUGUGGUGGCGUUGGUCGCCUUGACUGCCGUGUGCCAGGGACAUCCUGACAUGGACUUCCCGUUCGGAAGGAUUGUCAACGGAGAAAGCUCGGAUAUCGAGAGCCACCCGUACCAGGUGUCCAUCCAGACGACUAAGGGCUCCCACUUCUGUGGCGGCAGUCUGAUCAACUCGGACACCAUCCUGACCGCUGCCCAUUGCAUGCAAUCCUAUGCCGCCGAGGAGCUGCAGGUUCGCUUGGGAUCCACCUCCAGGAGCUCCGGUGGCGAGGUGGUCAGCGUGCGUGCCUUCAAGUCCCACGAAGGCUACAAUAGCAAGCUGAUGGUGAACGAUGUGGCCAUCAUGAAGCUGAGCACCCCCGUCCGCCAGACCAAUAAGAUCAGGGCCGUUGAAUUGGCCGAUACCGAGCCCGUUUCCGGAACCAGUGCCGUGGUCACCGGCUGGGGCACCACUUGCUUCCUCUUCUGCUCCUCCCCCGACUCUCUGCUCGAGGUGGUGGUGGAUCUGCUGCACUACAAGGACUGUGCCUCCGAUACCUACAGCUACGGCAGCGAAUCCAUCCUACCGACCAUGGUCUGUGCCUCCGGCGAGAAGAAGGACGCCUGCCAGGGUGACUCCGGCGGUCCUUUGGUGGCCAACGGCAAGCAGGUGGGCGUCGUCUCCUGGGGCAGCGGAUGCGCCUGGACCGGCUACCCCGGCGUUUAUGCCGACGUCGCCGCCCUAAAGAGCUGGAUCGAGGAGACCAGUGCCUCGUUGUAAAUAGAAUGAAUAAAUGAGACAAAUCGAGUAUUUCAAGAAAAA